AUGAGUAAAAAGGAACUUGUGGAGAGAAAACACGACUUCAGUAGCGGUCCAGCAACGCAACGGGUGAGUUUCGUAGAGGCUGUCUGUACAGCUGCGUUAAGAUGUAAUAACAUGCGUACGGAGGUCAACGGUGUCAUAUUAUUCCUAGCAGGCAAGAAGGAACCCCUCUUCUACGAGAAAACGCUUCCACUUCUGGAUAUGAACUUUCUUGCCUAUUAUCCAUACCCUGUGCAUGUAUUUCAUGAAGAUAUGUCUUUAGGCACUCAAGAAGAGAUUCGGGAUGUGUUGCCUUCAGCGCGUAGUGUGACAUUUGAGGAUGUUUCUCAGUUCUGGCGUACACUACCCCACGGUGUGUCUGAGGAGCAGCUUAACGAAUGGAUGAACACACCAGAACAGCUUCGCUAUCACAAGCGUGGGUAUCGCAUUAUGUGUCGAUUUUGGGCUGGAUUGGUAUGGCAGCUGCCUUCGCUAGACUCCUAUGAGUAUUACUGGCGGCUUGAUACGGAUUCGUUUCUUACUAAAACUGUUCCUUGUGAUGUAUUUCGGCUGAUGCAUAGGAGGCAGUGUUCCUACGGUUAUCGGCUUAUAACCUUAGAUAGUGUUAAUGUUGUGAAGGAUCUCUGGCCUACGUUUGAGAAAUGGGCCGUAACGGCACUCUCUACUAAUGAGCUUGAGAGCGUGACACGCUUUGCUCUUCGCGAUAAUACAACAGAAUACACACGUAUGAUGUACUACAAUAAUUUUGAAUUGGGCACUAUAGCGUUAAAACGACACCCGUUGUACACAUCGAUGUUUCGUUUUUUGGAUGAGAAUGAACCUCUUGGGAUUCUGAGGUAUCGCUGGGGUGAUGCACCUAUACACACUCUUGGCGUAGAAGCCGUUAUGUUACGUGAAGGUUGGCGUAAAUGUCAUUUUGACCGAAACUUUGCAGGAUAUAAACAUGGAAAGUAG